CAUCAUUGAUGCUCGGCGGUGCCCAGUUCCCCCGGCGUCCAGGGUUACGUGAGCCUACUUUGCUUCGAUAUCAGUGUCCACCCACGUAUCUCCUUACCCGACUUAGUGCGCGAGGCGGGCUGUCUUCAACUUCUCGAACCUCGAAUACCCAGCGAACCCCUGCACCUGGAUAGGCCUGAAGCCCAACAAGAUGGCCUCACGAUAUCCUCGGUCCGAAGACCAUAACUCGCCGUCGACAAACGACAUGGCAACAGCGACCUACGAUGCCGAAAACGCAACUGACGUUGCCGCUCAAGGCCUUGGCCCUGUGAUGUCUGGCGCGAGUCAGGUUGCUUUAUCUCGUAUCGCGAAAGAGACCAUGGCUGGUCCUCCCAGGGAGGAAUUCCCCGCCAGAUCUAGCACGAUCAGGGAAUCAUGGGUGUCCUUUGCAUCGACGGCUGGCAGCAGAGAUUCAGUGGUCCCUAGCCUGUUCUCAGUCAGGGCGUCAACUGUUUCAGCCUCGACACGGUACUCGAUCCGCCAGUCCUCGAUUGAGUCCCCCAUCUCCGCUACCAGCCCCAUGUACCAGGAACAUAGGAAGAGCAGCUAUCCUCAAAAUCACUAUUUUUGCACAUUCUGUGAUGCCGAUUUCUACUCAAACACGGAAUGGAAGGCCCAUGAAUUUGAGUUCCACAACCGGCGGGAACGAUACCUGUGCAGGAGCUGCCCAGCAGUCUUCUCGGACGCGACACGCUUUUCUGACCACCUCAAAGCCAACCACGGUAUCGAAUCCGCCGAGGCCACGCCCAACCCCGCCGAGUAUCGGCCUACUCGAAACGCAUGGGGCUGUGGGUUCUGCGGGGCGGCCAUUUCGGGGCGGGCUUCGUACCUCGAGCAUGUCGGCGAGCACUACGACGAAGGAAAGCAGAAAUAUGAAUGGCUGCACACCUUUGUUAUCGAGGGAUUGCUUCAACAACCCCAACUAGCAUCGGCCUGGAUGGCUUUGGUCGCCAGGGAGGAACAGUCAAGGGGCGCCAAGUUGCUCUUUCACUGGGAUCCUGACACGACUGGCCGGAACUCCGACGAAAGAGGGCCCCACGGCUUACAAGACAUGCUAGAAUUCUUCCCCGCAGGAGUCCAAGACGCAGACGAAGUCGUGAAAGUUGCCUACAACAGCGCUCAGAUUAAACUCAACACCGACGUUGGCGACCUAAUCAGCAGGCUUGACCUACAAAGCCCGGAGCCGAUGUCCAGCAAUCCAGCCCAGGGCCCGUUUCAGUCACCAUUGGAACUGCAGCCGACUAAACCGGCGAUCACAGAUGAUGUGGUAUCCCCAAUAUCCCCGUUGCCUGCACCCCUGCGUCCGCCCACGGCGCCGCCGCGGCUUUCGAACCCGUUCCCUCCACGGCCCGAUUUGAAGUUACAACCUCCAGAACGUCUCUCCACGCCUUCCAGUUCCGGUUCACUGGGGCGCGGUCAACCAGCACUUUCCCACCCCUUCAGACCAAGCUCCAAAGCCCUCCGCCGCAUCGAUAGCUCCCGAAACCUCGGCCCCGCUAAGCAGAUUGAGGCUGUCAAUCCCCUUAACCAACAGGUGAUCAACAUGCCGCCCCCGUUAAAUUCGUCUGGGGCCCCUCCCAUCACGAUUCGAAGAGCGGUAGAGUUACAGCCGCGUCUUUCAGGGACUCCGGAGGAGCCGUCCUCGACGGCUGACAAGGGAAAAGCAUUAUCAACAGCAUUGUCCGUCAAGCCGCAUACUAGCUCAAGCACACUAUCCACACAUACGAGAGACGGCUCCCACGGGUUUGGUGACAGUACUAGUGAGACCGUGUCAGACGACAGCCUUUCGGAGCCCGAUUCUUGGCUGGAAUCCGGCGGGAUUCCCGCGGCUACCAAGGUCUGGAGACACUCGUUCCAACGAACCGUUGACCGGGGGAUGACGCGGCUUUGGGUCCGGUACAACCAGGACUGGGAUGCUCUCGUCAGACAGUGUGUUGGCGACGCAAACGGCGAUUCGGGUCAAUACCGAGAGUCUUCAGGGCGUGUGCGCAAGGGUGCAUCUUCGCGUUACGCGACGAACAACGGUCUCCAUCUGAAUGCGCGGUCGCUCGGGCAGGACGAUGAGGAGGAAGGUGAGGAGGGCGAGGGCUAUCCAGGUCCAUCCCCGCCGUCCAAGCGCAUCUCGGGGUCUCCGAAGAAGUUCGCAUGCCCCUUCAGGAAACGCGAUCCCCUCACCUACAACAUACAGGACCACGAAGUAUGUGCGAUCAGGUCGUGGUCUACGAUCUCUAGGCUGAAGGAGCAUCUCUACCGCAGGCAUUACAAGACUCAUUGCCAAAGAUGCAAGUGCAUUUUCAGCGAUGCUAGGGAACUAGCGGAACACGAGAUGCUGGUCACAGGCUGCGAGGUUUUGGAUACCAUUCCUCCUGGCGAUAUCACCACAUACCAAGAGAAACAACUCAAAUCAAGAAAGCACACCACGCGGAGACAAACGGACGAGGAAAAGUGGAGAGAUAUUUACCGACUGCUCUUCCCCAACGAAGAAAUUCCAUCGCCAUAUCCCGAGGCUGCAGAGGACAUGGGGCCCUCGACCGCCGAUUCCAGUGUCAGUUUCAACUUCCAGCACUUUCUCCUGAGCGAAUUGCCGACCUUGUUCACCAGAACCGCCGAAGAACACGCCGGGAGACGCCUCCAAGCUCACGAGGGACUGGCGUUGGAACUCAUCCCAGGCAUCAUCGAGGGCGCGCUUCACAAAGCAUUCAGGACAUGGGAGGCUAGAGGUAGCGAAUUACCGGCCGGGGAGGCCUCGGUGGCAUUGAUGAGCUUUUUACCAGACACCCCAGCUUCGGCCGCUUACAGUUUUGGACAGUCCGCUGCCUAUCAAACCCCGCAGUCCGCCGUAACAACUGAUCACAGCUUCUCUCAGAGUCAAUUCGGCAACACAAACUUUGGCGUCGACGCUCCGCAUGUCACCAGCGCCGACGACUCUGGUUUUGCGGAUGACACCUUCUUCGCGCCUGAACCUCUGCUCGACUUCAACAAUUUUGCCCCGCAAUAUGACAGAGGCACGUGGGAAUCAGGCCUUGGUGUUAUGGGCGGGGGUGCGUUCCCGGGUGACUUGAACACAGGGGGCAACUUCGGGGGCUUCCAGGAUGGUUAAGGGACAAGCCACUACUCUGCUGCUAGCCGAACGGUCGCGAAAGUAAUGAACUUGAUCUUUCAUC